GAUAUCGCGUUAUUGUCGUCGGUUAUCAAAGGAAGUGAAGGUAGAAGAAUGAAUGGACUGCGGUAUGCAGCCAGGGAGAAGAACAUUCUCUCGAAUUUUUAAAGGUUGAGCGUAAGGACGAUGUGUUUUGUUAUGUCAUGGACUGUUAUUGACUUGGGAGUCCAAAGAAGUAGAUAGAUUCAUGGGCGAAUCAGCGGCAAUGUCAACUGGACUGACUGAGCUCGAGGAAGCAGCUUUGCACGUCUCGCACCGUUGCUCAAGCAGCAUCAACCGCGAAAUGAAAUUUCUGGUAUAUUGUGAACAUUUAAUGCUGUAGGUGUAACUUAUUUUAGAUACCGCCAAAGAAUUGGUGCAGUAGACUAUAUUGCAAGUGAAGUCUCUAAAGAAAUGUUGGUGGUCCACAAAGAUGCUCUAAAAACAACCUGAAGAAGUGAAGGUGACAGUCGACUAUCAACAUGGGGCAAUUAUGAAUCAUUGACUUAAACAUUUAAUUAACCUAUAGGCUACAGUGGAAUAACUUUAUUUUAAAGACGUAAAAGCCCGAAGACCCUGCUUGUUUCAGAUGCUACGGGACAUCUUAGCAUUUGGUGGUUUUCAAGCGGUUCCUCAACGUGACACUGCACGCGCUUUGGCUCAAAGUGAGCAGCGCCGCCGUCUCGGCUGUGUUAUUUGAGUGAGAACCGGACAGCCAGUGGAUGCCGCAGAGUUGUUUGGGUUGAAACCGAAACAAGUGAAGGGUCAGGGGGCUGUUUUGAGGAAAUCCCCAUCCGACUGCGCCUUAUUACGCCAUGGAUGACUCGGGGAUAAUUCGGCGUCGGAGGCUGCAGAAGGAUCUGCCACUGCCCCGCAAGAACAGCAGUUGUCGUACCAGUAACAGGAAGAGUCUGAUCCUGACCACCACCUCCCCCACUCUGCCCCACCGCCCACACUCUCCUCUGCCCCUCCCUGGACACCUCGGAAGUAGCCCUCUGGACAGCCCACGCAACUUUUCUUCCAGCACCCCGGCACACUUCUCAUUCGCCUCCUCCAGAAGGGCGGAUGGUCGACGAUGGUCCCUGGCAUCUCUGCCCUCCUCUGGAUAUGGCACCAACACGCCCAGCUCCACGUCCUCCAGCUCGUCUCAGGAGCGGCUGCACCAGCUGCCCUUCCAGCCCACCAUGGACGAGCUGCACUUCCUGUCCAAGCACUUCGGCAGCACCGAGAGCAUCGCCGACGACGACGGGGGCCGCUGCUCACCCCAUAUGCGCCCGCGCUCCCGCAGCCUCAGUCCUGGACGCUCCCCCUCCUGCUAUGACAAUGAGAUCGUCAUGAUGAACCAUGUGUACAAGGAGCGCUUCCCCAAGGCCACGGCUCAGAUGGAGGAGCAUCUAGCAGAGUUCAUCAAUGCCUUCUCCCCUGAGAGCGUGCUGCCGCUGGCCGACGGGGUCAUCAGCUUCAUCCACCAUCAGAUAGCAGAGCUGUCCAGAGACUGCCUGUCCAAGGCUCGCGAGGGCCUCAUCACCACCGUCUACUUCUUUGAGCUGCAGGAGAACCUGGAGAAGCUGCUCAAUGAUGCGUAUGAGCGAUCAGAGAGCUCAGAGGUGGCCUUCGUCACAGAGCUGGUGAAGAAGCUCCUCAUCAUCAUCUCUCGCCCAGCAAGGCUGCUGGAGUGCCUGGAGUUUAAUCCAGAGGAGUUCUACCACCUGAUGGAGGCAGCAGAGGACCACGCCAAGGAGGGACACCUGAUGAAGACGGACAUCCCUCGCUACAUUAUCAGCCAGCUGGGACUGACCAGAGACCCUAUAGAGGAAAUGGUUAAUCUGGACAGCUACGACAGUGAGGGACCUCUCACCCCGGAAACAGACGACUCAACAGAGGGCAAGAUGAGAGCCAUGAAGCCACCCGUAGAGGCUGACUUCCAGACCAUUAAGCUGAUCAGCAAUGGAGCCUACGGGGCUGUUUACCUGGUCCGUCACCUGGAGACCCGUCAGCGUUUCGCCAUGAAGAAAAUCAACAAGCAGAACCUGAUACUGAGGAACCAGAUCCAGCAGGCCUUUGUAGAGAGAGACAUCCUGACCUUCGCUGAGAACCCCUUCGUUGUCUCCAUGUUCUGCUCCUUCGAGACCCGCAGACACCUCUGUAUGGUCAUGGAGUAUGUAGAGGGGGGAGACUGUGCCACCCUGCUGAAAAACAUUGGGGCAUUGCCUGUGGAGAUGGCGCGCAUGUACUUUGCAGAGACCGUCCUGGCGCUGGAGUACAUCCACAACUAUGGCAUUGUGCACCGCGACCUCAAACCAGACAAUCUUCUGAUCACUUCCAUGGGGCACAUCAAACUGACUGACUUCGGCCUGUCUAAGAUGGGUCUGAUGAGCCUCACCACCAACCUGUACGAGGGACACAUCGAGAAGGACACCAGGGAGUUCCUAGACAAACAGGUGUGUGGCACGCCAGAGUACAUUGCCCCGGAGGUGAUCCUGAGACAGGGCUAUGGGAAGCCAGUGGACUGGUGGGCUAUGGGCAUCAUCCUCUAUGAGUUUCUGGUGGGCUGUGUGCCUUUCUUUGGAGACACACCUGAGGAGCUCUUUGGACAGGUCAUCACAGAUGACAUAGUGUGGCCAGAAGGUGAUGAGGCUCUUCCUACUGAUGCUCAGCAUCUGAUCUCUACUCUACUUCAGACCAACCCACUGGUCCGACUGGGCACAGGCGGUGCAUUUGAGGUGAAGCAGCACUCGUUCUUCACUGAACUGGACUGGAACAGUCUGCUGAGACAGAAGGCUGAGUUCAUCCCCCACCUAGAGUCAGAGGAGGAUACCAGCUACUUUGACACCCGCUCGGACCGCUACCACCACGUCCACUCUUAUGAUGAGGACGACACCAAUGAUGAUGAACCUGUCGAGAUCCGCCGUUUCUCCUCCUGCUCCCCUCGCUUCAGCAAGGUGUACAGCAGCAUGGAGCACCUGUCCCAGCUGGAGCACAAGCCCCCGACAGUGACCCGGCGGGAGCACAAGGGACCCAGGGAGGACUGGGUGGCAAAGAGAGAGAGCCUGGGCAGCCUGACCUUGAGAGAUAAGAGCUGGAGGACAGGAUCUCCUGAGAUGAAGCGACUGUCGUGCUCAGAGUCCUCCUUCACUGAGAGUGACUCCAGUCCUCCAUCUGGGGCCCGGCGACGCUUUUCUGCCCUCAUGGACACUCACCGCUUCGCCUCCCCACUAGAGGCCGACCCUGACCUGCCCGUGCCCACCCGACAGCCCCCGGUCAAGGCCAGGGGCACCUCUCUGGAGGGGGCCAUGGGCACCACAUCCAUGGGCACCACAUCCAGCCAGGGGGAUUUUAGGAAGGAAAGGGAGGGUAACGGGUUGACUGCUGGAGACAAACUGCUGAGGCCAGCAGAUGUACCAGUGGGAGCCAUCCCCAGCCCCAGCAGUACUGUGACUGCUGGGGCCACAGAGCCCCAGGGGUCCCGGGCCACCAACGAACUGGUCCUGAGGAGGGUCCGCCACAGCCAGCUCUCAGCUGAGGGAGAGAAAUGCAACUCGCGACCCGUGACCAAGGUCAUCAAGUCUGCCUCCACCACAGCCCUGUCUGUCAUCAUACCUACAGUGGAGCAGCAUGGUACGUCCCCACUGGCCAGCCCCAUGUCUCCUCGAUCCAUCUCCUCCGACCUGUCGUCUCGAGACUCCUCCCCCAGCCGAGACUACUCACCCACGGUCAACGUGCUGCGUUCGCCCAUCACCAUCCACCGCUCUGGGAAGAAAUACGGUUUCACCCUCCUAGCCAUUCGAGUCUACAUGGGAGACAGUGAUGUCUACAGCGUACACCACAUGGUCUGGCAUGUGGAGGACGGAGGCCCUGCCCAGCAGGUGGGACUCUGUGCUGGUGACCUCAUCACUCACGUGAACGGGGAGUCUGUCCACGGGCUGGUGCACACUGAGGUGGUGGAGCUCAUUCUGAAGAGUGGAAACAAAGUGACAGUGACCACCACGCCCUUUGAAAACACCUCCAUCAAGAUUGGUCCUGCCCGCAAGUCCAGCUACAAGUCUAAGAUGGCACGGCGCAACAAGAAGACAGGGGCCAAGGAGGGACAAGAAAGUAAGAAGCGCAGCUCGUUGUUCAGGAAGAUCACCAAGCAGUCGAACCUGCUCCACACCAGCCGCAGCCUGUCCUCUCUGAACCGCUCUCUCUCAUCAGGGGACAGCCUCCCAGGCUCCCCCACCCACAGCCUCUCUUCCCGCUCCCCCACACAGAGCUACCGCUCCACCCCCGACUCCACCUACCUGGGCAACUCUUCUCAGAGCAGCUCGCCAGUCUCCAGCACCCCUAACUCCCCGGCUGCCUCCCAACACAUGAGACCCAGCUCCCUGCACGGCCUCUCCCCCAAGCUGCACCGCCAGUACCGCUCAGCCCGCUGCAAGUCAGCUGGCAACAUCCCCCUGUCCCCCCUGGCCCACACACCCUCCCCCACCACCUCCUCCCCCCCACCCCUGUCUGGCCACACGGUGGGUAGUUCCAACACCACCCAGGCCUUCCCAGUCAAGCUCCACUCCUCUCCCCCUGUGGCCCGUCCCAGGCCCAAAAGCGCAGAGCCCCCCCGCUCACCCUUGCUACAGCGGGUUCAGUCGUCAGAGAAACUGGGCGCGCCCAUCCUGCCCUCCUCUUCAUCUUCAUCGUCAUCUUCCUCGCCCCUUGCAGGGGGGGUGUCGAUGCGUAAGCACAGCCUGGAGGUGUCACAUGGGGACUACAGGAGGGAGUCUUUCAACUGCGAGCACAGCCUGCAGAGUCUGCUAGAGAUGGAGGGAGAGAACGGGCCCGUUCCCCCCUCUCCCUCGUCUUCCUCCUCCCCCUCUCCCCCCACGGUUGGAGAGACAGGGUGCCUGAAGCCUGCAAGGAGGCAGGGGAGGCAGGAGUCGCCCCUGAGCCGGGACACACUGCUGACAGGGAGGGAGAGAGCUGCCCAGACUACAGCAUCUGACCCUCACACUGACAGCACACCUGUUAAAGUGGAGCCCAAGACCAGCGCUGGUGAGACAGCUAAGACAUUAACCCCUUUUGAGACUCUGAAGAGAAAAGCCUCCCCAGUACCAGGUGAGGCCCAGCCUAGCCCAGCGUCAACCCCCUCCACUCCAGGGGCCAAGUCCAGCCCAGCAGACAAACCUCUAAGCUCCAGUGCUCCAAGCUCUGAGACAGCCAGUGGAGGCCCUAAACCCACUGAGAAGGCCCCAGACCAGGCCACAACCCAGAGUCCGCUCUCCCAGGAGCGUAAACACCAGGCUGUCCAGACAGACACCACCCCAGUAAGCAAAAGCCAGGAGAAGAGUGAGGAGAAAGGGAGUGUGGGCCCAGACAAAGCCACUACACAGAGGGCGGGAGCUACAGAGGUGGCCAAGCCAAGUAAAGACACACAGAUGAAAGAGGCCACUUUGAAAGGAAGGAUGGGGGGCAUUGACAAAGCCACUGAGACCAGGGUUAAAGGACCUGCUCCUCCAGUCCCAACCCAAGCACCAGCCCCAUCCCCUCUUGCCAUAGGCCCAGGUCCAGCUUCAACAAAAUCCAGAGCAGACAAGGUUUCAGUUCCGUCGAGUAGCUACCGAGAGGCCAGGGAGGAGAGGAGUCACCUGGAGGUGGUGGAGGAGAACCCCAUGUCCCCCUCCUCCACCGCUGCCUCCCCCUGCUCCAGCAAGUCACACCCUGUCUCCCCUGGUGACAAGGCAAGCUUUGUGACUCAGCUGACCAGUGUGGCCAAAAACGUGCUGGGGCCUAUGAAGAUGGGAUCCCAGGAAGGGCCCAAGGGCGUUGAGGAGAAACGGGGAAGUUCAGCAGGAAAGUCUGAGGCUCCGUCUGGAGGUAGUCGACGGGGGACCCAGGGGACAUCUCCAAGUCCUGUCGGCUCAGCUCAGCCUGAAAAGGCAAACACAAGGAAUUCAGGUAAGCACCACUUCUGAUCUGCGAGCGAGGGACAAACCUGGGAUCUCCCAGAAAAUACUUUAUGAUCGGAAUAUCAUGCCACCAUAUCAGGCACAGAAUGGGGCACCCUCAAAAAAGGGACAAAAACAUGUACGCCUAAAAAACACACACCAAAUAUAUAGAAAAUACAGACCUGUAGAUAAAACAAGAAUAUGUGGAGGAAUGUGCUUUAAUGCUGUUCUCAAAUGUGUGUUGUAUGUACAGUUGAAGUCGGAAGUUUAUAUACACCUUAGCUAAAUACAUUUAAACUCAGUUUUUCACAA